AUGGAAAUGACUGAAGAGCCACUGCUAAAAAGUAAUAGUUCAGCAAUAAUUUUUGAAAAGAAAUCAAUGCAGAUGAGAAUUUCACGACGAAAGCCAAAUUUGGAUAUGGUGACGCGCAACUGGACCCAUGAAGAAUCCGACUAUGUAAUUGAUGAGCGAUAUACGGAACACACUGCAUCGCAUGGUAGCGGCACAGUCGCAUCUGGAUCAUCGGAUAUUUUAAAAGAAACAACAUCAGAAUCAAACUGCCGUGUUUAUCACGGCAGCUAUUUGCUUUCGGCCUCCGCAAUUUUCACUUUUGAUGAUUUCACAGGAAUUGGCGUCGUUUGCAAAUGCCCGGAAGGGUCGAAUGGCGAGAGUUUGGACCGGAACUGCAGGCGACUGAAGGCAUGCCUCAACAAUGGUUAUCGUUCCUUCAGUUCCGGUUCCUACUGCAUUUGCCCGGAACCAUAUUUCGGGGAGCAGUGCGAAAAAUACUGCGACCAGGGCCAACGGAUGAAAGAAAAGCCAAGCCAUUUCAUUGCUGCAGGCGCAAAUGGUCGCGACUAUUGCGGCUGCGUGCCAUUUUACCAAGGUGAAGAGUGUCGUGACAUGGUAUGUCUAAACGGAGGCACGGAGAUUCGGCGUCGAUGUCGGUGCCCACCGAAUUUCCUCGGCUAUCAUUGCGAGAUCGAUGCAAAUCGUACAUCUGUUGUGUCACGAUUCCAUGGCUACGGAGAACAGGUUCCUGAUUCUGCUUGA